AUGAAGGGUUUCGAAUACAGCGUUAUGAAGAACACUGUCCAAACCUUGGACCCGAAACACGUACCUUCCGCAGAACGCGGCGCUUCCCGCAGAAGGCUAAUCAUUGUUGGCGACGUUCACGGACGAGUAUCACAGCUCCACAGGCUCUUGCACAAGAUCAACUUCGAUAAGGAUGCAGGAGACCACCUCGUCUUCACCGGCGACCUGGUCAACAAGGGCCCCGACAGCGCCGGCGUGGUGCAGCUCGCCAUGAACCUCGGCGCGAGCUGCGUCAGGGGCAACAACGAAGACCGCGUGCUGGCGGCGCGUGGGUUUGUCGAGCGCGGCAGGGUUACUGGGCCUACGGGCGACGACGGGAAAAUGUAUUUUGAAGACAGCAAGGAGAAGUUGCCAGCGGACAUCCCGUACGCCGUGUCGAGCGACUAUGUUACAGCGACACAGCUUUCUGGGGAGCAGGUAUCCUGGCUGGCGUCGCUGCCUCUCAUCUUGCAAAUCGGACCGUUCAAAGGCGCCAAGAGUCCUCCUUGGAACUCUGGGAGCGUGGUGGUUGCACAUGGUGGUCUGGUACCGUUACUGCCGAUGGACGAGCAGGAUCCUUGGGCUGUGAUGAACAUGCGCAGCCUGGUGUACCCGACCAACGGCGCUCACCCGGAGAAUAUUGUAGUGGCUCUUGCGAAGAGGAUUAAGACGCGCCUGUGUCGACGUGCGGCAUUCCAAGUGAUAAAGGAUGAGAGACUCAAUGGUGAGCUGGCACGAGUCUUGAGUCUUUGGGAUGGUAACGAUGUUUCAAAGAUUGCGAAAAAUCAAGAGGGAGGGACCAUCCCCAUUGAACUCAAAGACGGGGAGCGCUGGAGAGAAGCUUGGAACGAGACGCAGAACAUGAUAGAGGUACCAGAGGAUCGCUCCGUUGUUGUGUAUGGUCACGACGCCAAGGAAGGGUUACAGGUGGAACCAGACGUGCAAGUUCCGGAAUCGCUCAAGGAGAAAGGGGUCCAGGGACCAUGGACUAGGUAUGCGUUUGGAUUGGAUUCCGGCUGUGCGUAUGGCAAAGAGCUAUCGGCGAUGGUGAUUGAGACGAGUCCGGAUGGAAGUGAUGUUAUACAUCGUAUAGAACAGGUCAAGGGGGUUUGA